CUUCGCGCUUAGGUUCGAGGCCUGGAAGUUCUGGGAGGUGGGGCGGGAGGAACAGGCAGAAAUGGCAGCUCAGGCUUGGCCUUGUAAGGUGCGAGUCAAGGAUUGUUUAACGAUCUCUAACCAGCCCGGCUCCCUCUCUCGCUAGGGAUGUGGAGCCCCUGUUCUCUGAAGUGUUUCCGAAGAGAGGCUCUUCUGACACCUCAGCCCCAGGACACAUUUAGGGAGUUGAGAGCCUGGGCUCCCACCCUACGUGGGAGGAGACUCAGGGUCGGGAAGCCUGCCCUCCCCACCCGCGGGCAGCUACCAUGAGGUUAAAUCAGAACAUCUUGCUGCUGGGGAAGAAGGUGGUGCUGGUACCCUACACCGCAGAGCAUGUGCCCAGGUACCAUGAGUGGAUGAAAUCAGAGGAGCUGCAGCAUUUGACAGCCUCCGAGCCACUGACCCUGGAGCAGGAGUAUGAGAUGCAGUGCAGCUGGCGGGAAGAUAGGGACAAGUGUACCUUCAUCGUGCUGGAUGCAGAGAAAUGGCAGGCCCAGCCAGGCUCCACUGAAGAGAGCUGCAUGGCAGGAGAUGUGAACCUCUUCCUCACAGAUCUGGGGGACCCCUCCUUGGGGGAGAUUGAGGUCAUGAUUGCAGAGCCCAGCUGCAGGGGCAGGGGCUUUGGCACUGAGGCUGUUCUCAUGAUGAUGUCUUAUGGUAAGGAAGUCGGAGCAGACAGUGUGGGGAGAAGUGCCCAGGCCCCAGGAGUGACCAAGCUAGGUCUGACCAAGUUUGAGGCCAAAAUCGGGCAAGGAAAUGAGCCGAGCAUCCGGAUGUUCCAGAAACUUCACUUUGAGCAGGUGGCUGUGAGCAGCGUCUUCCAGGAGGUGACACUUAGACUGACAAUGAGUGAGCUGGAGCGGCAGUGGCUUCUGGAGCAGACCAGUCACAUGGAAGAGAAGCCCUAUAGGGAUGGAUCGUAGGAGCCCCACUGACAGAGCCCUGCAUCUGGAAGUGAAUGGACCGGGCCUUUGUGGCAGUGCUCCCAACUCCUCUCCAGGCUGGGAAUCUCCUUUUGGGGCCCUCAGACUCUGGGCAGGACUUGCCUUGGCCCCUCUCAAACUGGCAGUGUAGCUGAGCGACUCCAGGGCAUUCCUCCUCCUGGCCAAACCUGGACUCAGACUCUCGGAACCUGGAGUGGACAGCAUGAAUCCACAGGGGGAGGCAGGGUGGACGUAGCGCUGGAGAGGAAGGGGGCCUGGCGAACAGGCUGGCCCUCCCUUUCUCUGAAAGGCCAGAGGUGCCACUCUGUGGCUGAGGCCCGGGCUGAGUAAAGCACACUGCACAGCCA